GGCGAAAAAAAGGGGUAGCUGCAGGGAGCGAGGGGAAAGGCGGUGUGGAGUGCGAGGUCGGGUGAAACGUCUAGUCAUUCGACCACAUGGUCACCCUCAUUAGGGAGAAGUGGGACCAGGAUGCGCAUCUGCAGGGAAUGGGCCACGCCUACUCUCGCAUGAAGCCGAGGGAAUGGAAGUGGGCGAAUGUUGAAGAGAGGCUAAAGAAGAUUGUUGUGGAGAGGACAGCCGACAAGUGUGGGAAGAAAUGGGACAACUUGAUGCAGCACUUCAAGAAGGUGCACCUGUUUCAGGAGGCGUCUAGGAAACAAGACUUCUUUCAAUUGACGGGGAAGGAGAGGUCUACUCAUGGUUUCAAUUUCACCAUGGAUCGGGCCGUGUAUCAAGGGUUCCACCGCGAAGAGUCACACCAUACACCCGAAGAAUCCGCGGACACAAACUGUUCCGCAAGGGAGGGGGUUCGCAAGGCUGAUGCCAUCAUCAAUGUCGACACUGGUCAAGCGGCGAGGGAGGUCAAAGUGAAGGCAGCUCCGCAGAUGGCGCGCGCUGGGGGGAUCGUUGCCAGGACACCUGUGACUGCGCCGCCUGGUGGGCAAGAUUCUGUGCGGGUGCAAUCACCCCCAGCCACACCACGUGCCCAAACAGUUCCGGAGGCGGGAGGGGCCGCGAAGGUGGCAAUGCAAGGAAGCGGCCUGGGUGCACAUCGACAAGAUGUGGUGGAUGCGCAGGGCGGUGCUGUGGCGGGAUCACUUAGACCGAUGGCGGCUGCGGCAGCCAUGGAGAGCCAUGGGGAAGGCGACGACGGCGAGCCUUUGGUGAACAGGCAACGACGGGGGAUUGCACGAGAUGGGAUCGACGCUGCAACGAAGAUGUGGGUGGACGACAUGAGGUUCUAGAACGAGACGAAGGGCAAUGGACUCUUCAAGCUUAUCCAGGAAACGC